AUGAGAGGUCUAAUGCCACUCGCUAUUACCGGCCUGGCUGCCGCAGCGAUUGAGGCGCGAAAGAAGGUUGAUGACACGAACACCGAGGCAGAUGAAGGCAACUGGUUUGCAGAAGCCAUCAAGCGCGAGAGAAACGGCAAUGUCAACGCCAGCGACGUGGCCACUAUCAGCCCAUCGCACAGCCCAGAGGGGGAUUUUCCCAAGACGGAAAUUGAAGACGGCGACCAGAAAUGGAAGAUACAACUGGACCUCUUCUCCGACAUGGAUGUUGCCUGGGGCGAGGACCUCAUGGACGAGGACGCGACCAUUGCAAUGCUGCGGUACAUGGCGCCCGAGAACCUCCACAACAUCAGCGACUCAUGGUACGUGUCUGGCUAUGGCUUCGCCAUCAAUGACCAAGAUCACAGCCUGGGCGAUGACGAAGAGCUCGAGGCAGACUGCAGCAACGUGGUCUCGGACGAGUGCCUCGAGGCCCUGCGUGCGCCAAACAAGUCAUGGUGUCAUGGCGAUCAGAAACAUCCAGAAAGCUGCCCCAAUGGCAACAUGUACAAGUUCAACAUUAAGAACGCGACAUCCGACCCCGAGGACCCUGCUCUCGUCUGGGUGAAUGUCAGUGGGGGCGACGGCGACGGCAACUCGCUCUCGGGCGAUGGCGCGUACGACCACGGCAUCCGUCAGGUCUACGUUGCCACGCUCGGCCUCUACCAAAGCGUGGAGACAGACUACGAGGGAGAGACGUCCCUCGCGCCGACGGGCAAUGCUACCGACUACUCUAACCUUUGA